AUGGUGCGAUGUGAAGGAGGGUCGGGCAGAUUGGAGGCAGCUGCUGAGAAAGGAACCCAAUGGACCCAACACUUGUUGCUCGCCAAGGAUUGCCACUCGAAAAAUGUCCUGGUUUCCGGGUUGGUCGUCGCCACGGGUUGCCAAAGCCGAGAGGAUCCCGUCAUUGUGACGGGUACCGUUUGUUCCGCGGAUUUGCGGCCAGGUGCCCAGGUUCUCGCCUGGUUCUCGGACGAAAUCUGCGCGCAAAUCGGCAUGCCGUUCCUCGGGCUCAGUCACAUCAAAGGUGCCCAGGUUCUCGCCUGGUUCUCGGACGAAAUCUGCGCGCAAAUCGGCAUGCCGUUCCUCGGGCUCAGUCACAUCAAAGGAGCCUCCCCAAUGCCAGGUUUGGGUUUCCCUGCAGCAGCUGCAGCUGCUGCUGCAGCAGUGGGCCAAUUGUGCGGAUUUCCUGCACUUUUCCCACCCGGAAUCCCGUUCCCUGCCCACGCUUCAGCGCUUCUAGGCCUUGGAAGGUUCCCUGCACUAUACCCAGGGUUGCCAGCAUCACCUGCGUUCCACCGGCCACCUCAGACCCCCGUGGAAAUGUCCUUGCCAACAAUAAUGCCAGGACCAGGAACCAGUUCAGUACUGCAGCCUUCACCCCCUCAACCAUCAACACCAGGGGCUCACAUGUCUAAUGCUGACCUAGAGACAAUGGUCUCCAACAUUGGUAGAGGGAAAGGUGGUCAUUUGUGCCUUUACUGUGGGAAAAUAUACUCAAGGAAGUAUGGAUUGAAGAUCCACAUAAGGACUCAUACUGGGUACAAACCAUUGAGGUGCAAGGUUUGCCUGAGGCCAUUUGGAGACCCCAGCAAUCUGAACAAGCACAUCAGGCUUCAUGCCCAAGGAGACACUCCUUACAGAUGCGACCUCUGCGGCAAGAUCCUCGUGAGACGACGCGACUUGGAACGACAUCUACUCUCCCGUCACCCAGACCAAGCACCCACAUCUUCCGGGCUGUCCGCAGAGAACGCUCGACGGCAAGAGCCCGACACCAGCGGUUGCCAAUCGCGCGACGCCGACGACGACCAAGACCUCGACGUCGGAACUGAAAGAAGACCCAUGACCUCAACCAGCUCAUUCCGGGUCAUGGACUUGUCCUCUUCGCAGCGGCGAAGAACGUCGGAUUCGUCAGAUGAUUUUGCGCCGUCAUCUUCCACAGCGACUUGUGAAGACAUAGACGUAAUAGAUGAUGCAGACAAUGCCGGAAGUUUUCCGGAGUCGACGCUCAUGAUUUGA